AUGGCCGCUACUACGGUCAACCCGUUGAUGUCGACCCAAAAGUCAGACAACAGCCUACAAGUAGCUCUACACCCGCUGCCCAUCCUCGAGAUUUCCGACUACAUCACACGCAGCUACCUGCGCGGCUACAAGGGCGCCAUCGUGGGUGCCCUCAUCGGCCAGCAAAAUGGCCGUCAGAUCACCAUCGAGCACAGCUUCUCUGUCAAGACGGAACACAAUGGGCAACAUUACAAGGUUGAUUCGGAGUGGUUCACGGCCCGUCUCGAACAGAUGAGAGCCGUCCACAAGGAUCGUACCCUUGACUUCGUCGGAUGGUACACCCUUGUGCCCAAGAGCGGUCCUAUCGACGCCCACCUCCCAAUACACAACUACUUCUACCAACAAAACGAGUCCGCCGUUCUUCUCGGCUUCCACAUUGAAAAAAUCCUCAACCCCGUGGCCGGCGAUCCUCUACCACUGACGAUAUACGAGAGCAACCUGGAGCUUGUCGAUGGCGCCGACGCCAGUGCUACCGAAGCUGAAGGCGAAGACAAGGAGAUGAAGGAUGUCGCAGCUGAGCCCUCAAGAUCGAUCAAGUUCCGGGAACUGCCUUACACCACAGAAACGGGCGAGGCCGAGAUGAUCGCGCUGGAAUUCGUGCGGGAAGGUGGCAGCGCCAAUGUCACCUCUACCGCUACCAACCCAACAGCCGCCGAGGAUGAGAGCCCCGACAAGCCUCUGAUGAAGAAGGUCAUCGACACAGUCAAGGGCAGCAAGCGACGCGCCGUGAGCUCAGAUGACACGGCAGAAGCAUCCACAUCAAGUAGCGCCCAGAAGGGAGCUGCGGCAAACAACAGAGAUGCCAACCUCACCAAGCCCGAACUAGACUACAUGUCGGCUCUCCAAGCCAAGUACAACGCCGUUCAGAUGAUGAAGAAGCGACUCGACACCGUCAUCUCCUACCUCCAACGGCUACCCCCCGAUUACCUUUCCAGCGGAGACGCCACUCAGCAGCAAACGGAGGAUACCCAGGCUCAGUACACUGUUCCCUCGAACAACAUCCUUCGCCAGAUCCAAGCGCUGGUGACCAACGUCCAACUAGCAAUGUCCAACUCGGCUUCCGAGCAAGGUCAAACGGAUCUGGGCGCGCUGGAAAAGGAGCUUCUCAAGGAGACAAACGACGUCAAGCUAGUCGGGCUGAUCGCUGACCUGAUGAGCAGCGUGAAGGAGAUGAAGGAGGCGGGCAAGAAGUUCCAGGUGGUCGAGACAGCAAAGAACAACAAGCGGCGCGAACAGGCACCACACGGAGGACCAGGAGGGUAUAACCCCAACAACCACCCGAACAUGACGAGGAGAGAGUACCCCGGCCCGUCGAUGGUGGGCGAGGGUUCUGGUUCGGGUUCAAACGAUCUGGAUAGCCUCGCUCUUCAGGGGUUUUCGGGCUAG